AUGGACGGCCUCCAGGCCACGGCCGCCUCCUGCCGCCCUGAGCUGGGAGAAGCCCGGGUGCACGAGGGUCACGUCAAGGACCGGAAGGAAGACCAGGAGCGCGGUUUGCAGCCAGAGGCCCGUGAAGAAGACCCCGCCGGGGACCGUGCGGACGACCGGGAUGGGGUCCCAGGAGCCAGACCAAGCCCGCUGGUCACCCAGGCCCCCCGCCGGCCCCGCAGGCGCGCGGCACAGGGAAAGCGAAAGCGCCCAAAGGAGAAGCCGUGGAAGUGUGAGGACUGCGGCAAGGCCUUCCACUACUGCUCGGCGCUCACCCUGCACCGCCGGACGCACACCGGGGAGAAGCCGUUCGCGUGCCCGCAGUGCGGCCGGGCCUUCCGCCAGCGCGUGCACCUGACCUUGCACCUGCGCGUGCACACGGGCGAGCGGCCGCACACCUGCGCCCAGUGCGGCCGGACCUUCAGCCAGGGCUCCUACCUGGCGGCGCACCGGCGCACCCACGCGGGCGAGCGGCCGCACCCCUGCCCCGACUGCGACAAGACCUUCACGCGGCCCGCGCGCCUGGCCCAGCACCGGCGCAUGCACACCGGCGAGCGGCCCUUCGCCUGCGGCCAGUGCUCCAAGGCCUUCCGCGGCCACGCGGCCCUGCGGGAGCACCAGCGCGUGCACAGCGACCAGAAGCCGUUCGCCUGCGCGCUGUGCCCGAAGGCCUUCCGCUUCCUCUCGGCGCUGCUGCGCCACCGCCGCACGCACACGGCCGAGCGGCCCUUCGCCUGCGGCCAGUGCGGCCGGACCUUCGCGCAGCGGGUGCACCUGGCCCAGCACCGGCGCGUGCACACGGGCGAGCGUCCCUACCGGUGCGCCGAGUGCGGCGCGUCCUUCGGCCAGAGCGCAUCGCUAGCCCAGCACCUGCGCACCCACACCGGGGAGCGGCCGUUCGCCUGCGCGCAGUGCGGCAAGACCUUCGCGCAGGGGGCGCACCUGAGCCAGCACCGGCGCGUGCACACGGGCGAGCGGCCCUUCGCCUGCGGGGCCUGCAGCCGCGCCUUCAGCCACCGCGCGCACCUAGCGCAGCACCGCCUGCGGCACACGGGCACGCGGCCCUUCAAGUGCCCGAAAUGCGGGGCGUCCUUCGGCCGCGUGUCCUCGCUCCAGGAGCAUCAGAAGAUCCACGCGGGCGAGAGGCCCUUCCGCUGCGGGGACUGCGGCCAGGCCUUCCGCCAGGGCUCGGCGCUCUCGCUGCACCGGCGCACGCACACCCGGGAGCGGCCCUACUCGUGCCCCGAGUGCGGCAAGGCCUUCCGCCACCGCGGCUCCCUGAUCCAGCACCACCUCGUGCACACGGGCGAGCGGCCCUACGAGUGCAGCGGCUGCGGCCGGGCCUUCAGCUUCUGCUCCGCCCUCACCCGCCACCAGAGGACGCACAGCGACCGGGAGUCCCACCAGCGCAGCCCGCGCGGGGACCCCACCGCGCAGCCGUCACCCCCAACUGGACCCCGGCGCUCGCCCCGGGGGAAGAAGCCUGUUAGCCCUAGUGACCCCGCAGAAAACUCCGUGGACCAGCAGAGUCAGAGCUGA